GAUUGAUUUUCUAAUAAAUGAUAAUAUAUUAACAACCAAAGCGGAUUUUGUAUUUUGCACAAGAAAAAUAACUGUACUAAUAUUACUUUCUAUUAAGGCCCCUAGCCUUUUUGCAAACUCUUGAAAAAUGUGGGAUAUGAUAGAGCAGAUUUAUUUAGGGGACGCCACAGAUGUGGACUACAAAGCAGUGCCUUCCCCAUGGACAGGAUCCCUCGACGAGCUUCGGGAUCGGAUGAACCUCAUCGAUGGACACAUCUACAAACGUACUACUCGGGAAGGUCAUGUGGAGCGAGAUCCGGUGCCGGAAAAAGUCCGAGUGUCCAUAAGGUACAGAGGUUACUGGGAGGGCGAUGAUGCUGCCUUUCAAUCUGCGAAACUGCGAGAAUUUGAGACUGGUGGGGAUAUGGUGCUCAAAGGUCUGGAGGCCGCUGUUCGCACCAUGAGACCUUACGAAAAGGCGGACUUUGUGAUAUCCAAAGAGCUGCUCUUCGAGGAGAUGGGCUCUUCGUCUCACAUCAAACCCAAGUCAGAUGGGCUGUUCCAGGUGGAGGUCAUCGAUUACUCGCCCAUCGCAGAUAUCGAAAUCCCAAUGGAGGAACGCGACAAGUUCCACGUUGUCUAUCCCCAGGCAAAGGAUUUGUACAAGAAAGGCAAGAUUUGGGUGAAGCGAUUGCGUUAUCCCAAUGCGGUGACCGCUUUUCAGGAGGCUACCAAAUCUUUGAAGACUUGUCGGAUUGCCAAUGCCGAUGAGAAGCGCCAGCAGACCGAUCUGCUGAUUCUCCUUUCCCUUGGUCUAAUGAUAUGCUAUAAUAAUAGGGGGAAGCCGAAGUGGUCUUGUAAUGUGAUGAAAGACGUGCGCCGUCUGACUGGGAAUAAUCCUCCCUGGAGGACGCUCUUCCAGGAAGGACGCGCUUUGGCUGAAUUGGGGGAAUACGAGCGUGCCCUCAAUUCCUAUAAGGAGGCGCUGAAAAAGCAGACGGAUAACGAGUAUAUCAAAGAAGAGAUCAUCAGCAUCACAAAGAGGAUCACCAAUCUCCAGAAGGAUAGACGAGAUCUUUGGCACCGAACCAGGAACAUGACAGAUGCAGAUGAUUGAUCCGGCAAGAAGGCGGGAAC